AUGUCAGUGUUAAUGUCCAACGAUAUAAUCAAUUGGUUAAUUACGGCUGUCAUCGGUUUCGUUACCUUAUAUUUGGUUCGUUUCUAUUAUCGAGUCCUAACAUUACCCAGAGGUCCCAUUCCUCUACCAGUAAUUGGAAAUAUAUUAAAGUUUUUCAGAACAAAAGAAAAYCUAUUUCUGACAAUUAAUUCAAUGCAUAAAACCUAUGGACCGGUAUUUACCUUUUGGUUGGGUAAUACACCAGCAAUAGUGGUAUCCGAUUAUAAGCUAAUUAAAGAGGCAUUCAAUUCAAAGGAUAACGAAUUAAUGGGACGACCCGUUACUUUAUUUAGCAAAAUAUUGACUAAAAAUGGUAAAGACGUGGUGUUUACAGAUCACGGACCAAUUUGGGCCAGUCUUAGACGGUUAGCCCACUCAGCCGUUAGAAAACUAGCAAUAAGUGAAAAGUUAUAUGUUUUAGCCAACGAUGCGGUUCGGGAAACGGUAGACACUAUAAUAACUACUGAAGGCUACGAUAAACCAUUUAAUCCCAUGAGUUAUAUCUAUAUGUCUGUUAUCAAUAUCAUCGCUUCAUCGGCUUUUGGCAAAAGAUAUACUUUCAAUGAUCCGGAGCUGAAAUUUUAUGAAAACAGUUUGGAGUACUUCAGAGCCAAUACAAACACAUUAGGACUUUGCGAUAGAGUGCCGGCUAUGAAGUUAAUCUAUGGUAAAGUUAUAAAUAAAACUUUGGAUGUUGUGGAUCAAUUGUCUACUAAUGUCAAACAACAAUAUCUCAAUCGCAUACCUGUCCACCAAAAUGGAGUCGUCAAUGAUUUUUGUGACGCUCUUAUUGAGGCCAAACACGAAGCCAUUGCCGAACAAAAAGAUACUGCAAUUCAUUUUACAGACACUAACUUAUCAUUAGUCAUAAUUGACUUAUUUAUGGCCGGAAUCGACACAUCACAGUAUAUGAUGCGAUGGAUUAUACUGUUUAUGGCUAACAAUAUUAUAAUGCAAAAUAAAAUGAGAGAUGAAAAAGGUAUUACACCGUUAGGCGCACCACAUGUUGCUAUGUGUGACACAAAAAUGGGUAAACACUAUAUAAAAGAGGGUUCAUUUGUAAUGAGCAAUCUAUGGGCCAUAUCUCAAGAUCCCGAACUAUUUGACAGACCCGAGGAGUUUAAUCCAAACAGAUUUUUGUCUUCAAACGGAACUUACAAGUCAUCGGUUCCCGGUUUUGUACCGUUCGGUAUCGGUAGACGUAUUUGUUUAGGCGAAAAGUUGGCACUGACCGACUUAUUUUAUAUAACUGUGCAAUUAUUACAAUCAACAACACAGUCAAUGUGGACACUACCCGGUGGUGACGGAACMGUCAUCGGCUUCGUUACCUUAUAUUUAGUACGUUUUUAUCAUCGAGUUUUAUCAUUACCCAGGGGUCCCAUUCCUCUACCAAUAAUGGGAAAUAUGAUGAAGUUUUUCAGAACAAAAGAAAAUCAAUUUUUGAUAAUCAAUUCAAUGCAUAAAACUUAUGGACCGGUAUUUACCAUUUGGUUGGGUACAACACCAAUGGUAGUGGUGUCCGAUUAUAAAUUAAGUAAAGAGGCAUUCAAUUCAAAGGGAAAUGAAUUGAUGGGAAAACCUAAAACAAUAUUUAGCAAAAUAUUGCUUAAAGAUGGAAAAGACGUGUUGUUUACAGAUCACGGACCUGUUUGGGCCAGUCUUAGGCGAUUAGCCCACUCAGCUGUUAGAAAACUAGCAGUAAGCGAAAAAUUUUAUAUUUUAACCAACGAUGCGGUUCGGGAAACGGUCGACACUAUGAUUGCUACUGAAGGCUGUGAUAAACCAUUUGAUCCAAAAAGUUAUAUCUAUAUGUCUGUUAUAAAUAUCAUCGCUUCAUCAGCUUUUGGCAAAAGAUAUAAAUUCAAUGAUCCGGAACUGAAAUUUUAUGAAAAUAGUUUAGAAUAUUUCAGAGAAAAUAUGAAAACAUUAGGACUUUGCGAUAGAGUGCCGGCUAUGAAGUUAUUCUAUAAAAUCGCAUACCUGUCCACCAAAAUGGAGUUAUCAAUGAUUUCUGUGACGCACUUAUUGAGGCCAAAGAGGAGGCCAUUGCUGAACAAAAAGGAGAGCGCAUCUUAUUUUACAGACACUAACUUAUCGUUAGUUAUUAUGAACCUAUUUAUGGCGGGAACCGACACAACUCAAUAUAUGAUGCGAUGGAUUAUACUAUUUAUGGCCAACAAUACAAAAAUGCAAAAUAAAAUGAGAGAUGAAAUCAAUGAUAUAAUUGGCGACCGAAUGAUUACACACGAAGAUAAAAAUAACUGUCAUUAUAUCAAUGCAUUUAUUGCCGAAACUUUACGUUUAAGAGGUAUUACACCGUUAGGUUCACCUCAUGUUGCUAUGUGUGACACAAAAAUCGGUGAACACAACAUAAAAGAGGGUUCAUUUGUAGCCAUCAACAUAUGGACCAUAUCUCGAGAUUCUGAACUGUGGGACAAACCCGAGGAGUUUAAUCCAAACAGAUUUUUGUCGUCAGACGGAACUUAUAAGUCAUCGGUGACCGGAUUUAUACCGUUCGGUAUCGGUCGACGUAUUUGUUUAGGUGAGAAGCUGGCACUGGCAGAUUUAUUUUUCAUAACUGUGCGAUUAUUACAAUCAACUUCGCAAUACAUUUUGACACUACCCGGUGGUGACGGAAGUGCCGAUUUGGAACCCAAUCCUAAUGUUAUGUUUCUUAAUGUUCCGAAAUCUUAUGAUAUUGUAUUGAAAAGAAAAUAA